UUGCGCCAUCAACCAAUUCCAUUUUGGCCGGGACCGCUUCCAGGUCAUGGCUGCAACCCUGGCUUUUGUGUACAAGGCCGAAACCCGCUUCGGCCAGAGCGUACGAGUGGUGGGCAACUGUCCCAAGCUUGGCAACUGGGAUCCGGCCAAGGCACCAGCCCUCACCACAGAUCCUUCGAAAUAUCCCAUGUGGUUUGGGAGUAUUCAAUGCCAAGCGCCAGUAGAAUACAAAUUCGUCAUAUUUGACGAACUUCAAGGUGCAGUUUGGGAAGAAGGGCCCAACCGGUACUUUGCGUUCACCGACGACGGAGAGGGCGCCCAAAGCGGUGACUCCGGAGAGAGCUUUCCGGUUGAAAAUCCACACGGCAGCAAAGAAGAUCCCGCGGUGGUGAAGGCUGCGUUGCAGGAAAACAUGCAAGUGGCAGUGCCCAUUCCGACGCCCAAAGUGGCCGGAAUGGCUGGUGAGGAUGCGUUAAGGCGGCAAAGAAGGGAACGAGCCACAGCGCGGUUCAAGUGGCACCUACAUCGUUCUGGCAUCAGACCUCUUCCGACUCUUCAACUGAGUUCAAUUGCGUUGACACUUUCAAAGCAUCACAGCCGCGACCCUGCUUUCUUGCAUCGCAUCCAUUGCGAGAUGACGACGCAACAACAGAUGAACGCAGGCUGGAUGUGUGGCAACUGCAAGAAGCUCAGAGCCAAGAAUGCCUGGUUCUGCGACCUGCGGAUCCUCAUGGGAAGACGGUAUUGUCUACCCCAAGCAGAAGAAGUCCACGUCGCGGUCCUCCUCCAGACGGGCAUAUUGGACGGAGCCGGACCAUGGCCCUUGGAUGGGAGAUCAAAGCCCCAGACAGAAUCCGAGAACAAAGAAGAAUCGUGGCAGAGGACGUGGGAAGCUUCCAGAGCGCAAUGGGCCUUCGCAGCACCCACUUGCGCCCCCGCCUCCACCACCCAUUGUUGGACCACAGGGACAGCAGCCGCCUUCAAUCCUUGGAUGAGUAUGCCAUUGCCUCCUGGUGCAUCGACGUCCUCUACAGCGGCAACAGCGCUGUCACCUGCGGAACAGAAGCUGAAGGACGUAGCAUCCAUGCUCAAGAAAGCCAAUCCAGAGGCGCUGACCCCGGAAUUGCAGAACUUUGUUGCAGAGGAAACCAAAGCUGCAACCAAAAAAGAUGCGAAGACUCUUUACACUGCAGUGGACGAGUUGACGAAAGCUCGAGAGGCCUUGGAUACAGCUCUGUUGGCACGCAGCAAUCUGAUGGCACAAUGGAGAGCGUUCUUGACAAUGUCAUUGGAAAGAUUCCGUCAGUACACGGACCAUUUCCAGCAGCAAGAACAAGCUCAUCAGGAAAACAUCAAGACUGCCAAAGAGACCCUUCAGAAAGCCAAAGCAGAUUUCAAUUUGAAGGAAGAGGAGGCCACGGUCAUCUCCGACAAGGACACAGAGUCCAAGGAUGUGUCCACCAAAGAAUCUGCCCACAAGAUUCUCGAAGGGCUUUGUCACAUGACGGACAGCCUCCAGAAGCUAUCCGAGCGGGCAGAAAAGGAGCACACUGCAGAAGAAGAACGCAAGGCCAAACGGCCACGUCAGAAAGACACAGAUGUGGUGGACGCAGCUAUGUCGUCCGGAAUGCAAUGGUCGCACUCCAUCUUGCAAGACCCGAGUUACAAAUCUCCGUGGAAUGCCAGUGAAGAGGCGAUGCAACUUGCCUUCGAUUUGCACCCUGCCAGCUUCCUUACGCAAUGUGAAUGUCGAGAUUGGGGACUUCCAUGGACGAGCUGGACCGCAUCGAGUUCCACUUCGGCACCUUCCUGCAGGGUUGAGACCUUAUGGAACAUUCUUCAAGAUGAAGGCGCCACUGAACUUCUUGAAGAAGGACCUGUCAUGAUUCUCAGCACCUAUUACUUGAGCCACCGCAACUGCGUUCGUCAAGCUGCGAGCCGGCCGAUACGACUGACGAGACGCUAUGAAGAGUGGAUUGAAGAGUUCAAACAGGUUUGGGGCGACCUUUUUGAUCGAAACGCAGAUUUCAAUCUCUUCCUCGUCCAGCCUGAACCACCCAUUUCUAUUACAAGAGGCAUCGUUGGGAUUGUUCUCAUUGUGCAGCAUGCACAACCGGAAGGUGCUGCGAUACUGACCACGGCACUCUUUGAUGAGCUCCCAGAGCCGCGCACCAUUGAGAUUGCUCAUGUUCUUGAUAUUUGGACAGAUUACACUACUGUCUUGCAUCGAGCUGAUGCUUUCGAGGCCUGCGUUGAGGCACAACGACAAGGCCUGAGGCCGUGUGUUGUUAGAGCAGGACAGCAUGUGUUUCCCCGUGAACGACCACUUCGCAUGAUUGACGGCUUGGGCAUUGUCGUUGAUGUCCCCAUGAUCAUCAAUGAGGAGGCAUGGAACAUCUAUGUGAGGCCCCGCAUUGAGGAUUGGCCAGAGUUUGUCCCGCAACCACCACCUCGACACGAAGAAGUUGAUGACCAAGUCACUUUUAUGGCACGCAGACCACAUGCUCGUGGCCCUUCAUCAUCCAGUUCAUCUAGAUCUCAUUCCGGCACUGAUGCCAGCUCUGCCAGUGGUGCUCCAUCUAUGAGAUCGGUUGCCUGGUCCAGAACGGUUGUUUUUACCCUUGAUGGCACUUCGUUUUCUUGUCAUCUUCCUGAUGAACCUGGCCCUGAACAGCUGCGUAGCAUUGAGCUUGCCCUAUCUCUCUCUCCUGGUGACGUGCUGGUUGCUGUCGCCGUGUCUGCGAGACCUGAAGAUCUUGUUGCCAUGGAGUUGAUGUGCACUUUGAUUGUCAAGGAGUUGCUUACGCUCCACGAAGACAAGACCCACCUUUGGAUCAACAAUGUCCUGGUGGACCCCUUGUCAUCGGGUGCCCUCACCAUUGAUGAUGGCGACUAUGUCAAAAUUUUUAUUGGCAGUGACGAACAUCGCUUUCACUGCGUUGAGGAGAAUGAUGCUACGACUCUCUUGCAGAUUGUCGACAAGCGUGACACCCUUGCAGUGCGAUUGCAAGCACCUUGUGCUGAUGGGCUUGAUGAUUGUCCCAUUGAUUGCCAUGCACGUGCUUCUCCUCUGAGGGACCUUGCUCUUCGUGAUGCGGAGGAAGCGCAACCUGCUGCUUGGACGCGCUUUGCAACCAUUGGCCCUGGUGGCAUGGAACGGCAAGUUAUUGGGCAAUUGAUUCUUGUGCAGCGACCCCAUUUUCUGCAGCGUUCUGUUGUGAUUUCUACCUACGACAAUGAAUAUGAUCAAGGACGUGCUCACUCGAUUGCGAUUGUCAUGGGUGACCGCAUUGACCUGCAUUCUGUUUGCACGAUGCCGCAAUCACACGAUGAUUGCCCUCCGGAAAUUCCUGCAAAUGUUUGUGCGCUCUGGCUUGGCUCACGUCCCUUUGAGCCACAUGAACGCAUCCCUGCUCGACAUGGGAACGCUUUCAAGUUUGUCAUUCAUCGCACUUUGAGCAUGAAUGUGAUGCAAACCCAUGGCACCAAUCUUCAGGCCCGCAUUGAUGCCAUUGACUCAAGAGUACAGGCGUCACACCAACAACGACUCCUUGAAACCAUGCCGUUAUGGUUACAAUCACUACAUCGUGUCUUUCAAGAUCUUGCUGAGACUGAACGACCAGAAGAAGGACCAGUUGCGUACGUUGCCACGUGGUACGUGCAUGCCUCUUAUGCUCCUCGAUGUGAACCUGGACGCAUUGUCAGGCUGCGAGACGAUCCUACCAAUUGGCAGCGAACCUUGGUCGAAACAUGGGGUGAUCGACGUGAUUCUAGCAGGCCUGCGGAGCUGUUUUGGAUAUCGCCAGCCCCACCAACCUCGCUGACUGACCAUGUUCUUGGCCACAUUUUGACUGUGCAAGCUCUGCCAAUUCACUCAGUGGCUGUGUUGCUGACAGCUGGAGUUCGUGACCAUGAAGGACUGGCAAUACAUCGGGUCGCAGUGUGCAUCCCUCAAGAAUCUUCUGCCGAAGACAUUGUGGCUGCCUUCCCUAUUCCUGUGCCGUUGCUGAGAUUUCCAAGACGAGUGGGAAGAGGGCAGACCUAUUUUGAUCCCAAUGUUCCAUCACCGUUUGCUUCUGGUGAAGGUCUGGUGAUUGACAACUUGGAUCCCACACCUGCGCCCGAGAUGAUUCAGGUUUCUGUCCCUCCAUCAACUUCUGCUUUGACUGCCUGGUUGCUGGCUAUGUUGCUGCAGGGUAUUGGGGUGCGAGAGAACAUAUCGUUCUUCAACGUGCCAAUCGUGCUCUUGUACAUUGGCUUGAAGCUCGGACACCUCCUACUGGAGGAUUACCACAUCCUUUCUGCCCCUGCCACGAAGAAAGGUGUUGGAGGAUGUCAAAUUUGGAUCAAACGCUGCUGGGUCUUUGCAGCUGGCACUCUUCAUUUCCAACAUGCCGACAUGAGGAUCUUGCACUCCAGUGCGCAACGUAUUGUUGUGCAAUUGCACAAGAAUGACCUGCGCUUCAUCCUGAUUGCUGGUCAUGGACCGGCGUGUGCUUCGCCAGAGGAUACGUCUUCCUGGUGGACAGCGACUACUAACUCUAUUCCUGCUUCCAAGCGCAAUUGGUCCAUUAUUGCCUUUCUUGAUGCCAAUGCUCGAGUUGGCUCUGUGGAGUCACAUUGUAUUGGCAACUUUGGAGCUGAGACUGAAAACGAUGUGGGCACAUGUUUGCAUCAAUGGCUGCAUGAUCUUGACCUUGUACUUCCGCAGACGUUUGAUGCCCACCACACAGGUGAUCAUACGACUUGGCGACACAGUACAGGUAAAGAAGCCAGGCUUGAUUAUGUGGCCAUUUCGCAUGACAUCUUUUCAGCUGAUGUUAGUACAUCGAUUGCUCCUGUGGACCUCACCAUCACCAAGCAGGAUCACACUAGUGUCCUUUGUGAAGUUCUUUUACAUUGUCUGAUUGCAACUGGCAAGCCUGUGCACGUGAGAGAGGUUGAUGACUCCUUUGCGGUACCGUUACCUAUGCCUUGUACACCUUGGCAUCUUGAUGUGCACUCACAUGCUGCCCAUCUUCAAUUGUGGUUGAAGCAGACCAUGUCAACACGCCCCAAAGCCCUCAAGCGCAAAAAGCACUUGAGUGAUGAAACGUGGCAGUUGAUUCGUUUGAAGAAACACCAUUGGAUGAGGAUGCCCUACGUCCAUGGCUACGUCUUACUGACCGUGCAAUUGCUCUUCAUGAAUGGCGUCAUCGUCAGCUUUGCCUUGAUGUCACCACACAUGUUCGCAAUGAUGACAAAUUGUUCUAUCAGGAGCUUGCCCAAUCACAAGGUGACGUUGCGGCGGAUGAAGGCCCUAGCGGUGAUGCUCUUACUCAACAUUAUUGUGCACUUGAAGCUGGCCAGUCCAUUUCAUAUGAUGAUUUACUGCGCUGCUGUGCCCAAAAACAGCUUGACAAUCUUGCUGAACAGCCUCUUCAAAUUGCCAUCGCUGAGCUCCCCACACGAGUCGAAAUUGAAACUUUUUGUCUCCAAGCUCAACGAGGUCGAGCGCCUGGACUUGAUGCUGUUCCUGCUGAAGUGUGGCCUCACCACUGCCAAUAUGAGGGGAAUCAUGUUGUUGGACAACAUUGGAAAAAUUUACCAUGCCCUGGUGCGCUCUCGCUUGCUUCCAUGGGCAAAUGGCAAUCGGCUGCCCACUCAGUUUGGGGGAUUCAAAGGCCAGCAGCCUGCAUUUGCCUCUUUGAUGUUGCGAUCGUUUGUCAACUUUGCCGCUUCGAAACGUGUUUCAACAGCAGUGGUCUUCGUUGACGUCAAGAGUGCAUUUCAUUGCCUAUUGCGUCAACAUGCUUUUGGCACUGGUGAUUGUUUUCCUGCUGCCUUAGCCGACACUUUACGUCGUGAGGGACUUUGCGUUGACACGCUUUUAGCUGAAGCCCGACGGCAUUCUUCUCAUUUUGUCGAUCAAGUUUCUCCCUCUUUGGCGCGUGUUGCCCAAGAUGCUCACUGUUCGACGUGGUUCGUUUGCCCUCAAUCGCCUGAUUGCUUUGAGACCACGCGAGGCUCUCGGCCUGGUUCUCCCUUAGCAGACCUGGCGUACAAUGCCGACUCCUUGGAUGCGACCUUGGCGCAAGUCAUGUUGAUCAUGCAUCAGGUGUUCAACCGCUUUGGGCUGCGCUUGAAUCUCAGCAAGGGUAAGACCGAAGCAGUUGUCCACUACAGAGGACCCAAUGCUGCACAAUUGCGACGUGCCAGAUUUCUGGAACACUUCAGUCACCUUGAGGUUCCAGGUAAAGAGCCUCUGCGCAUUGUCACGCAGUAUGUUCACCUUGGUAUUUCCUUUGCGCAGGACUGUGACAUCAAGACUGACGUCACCACUAAGAUUGGCAAGGCCACUGCUGCCUAUCGAUCCCUUCAUCGCCCACUAUUUGGCAACAAGCGUAUUCCCAUUGCGGUUCGAUUGAAGCUUUUGGAAUCCCUUGUGCUCCCCAUUCUGUUUUACGGAGCUGGGAGAUGGCCACUUCUUCCAAUGCAACUCUGUACGCGCCUUUCUGCGGUGAUUACACGCUGGCAACGACAGAUCAUUGGCAACGGUUAUUGGAUUGAGGGUUCUCUAUCUGACCAAGCUCUCCGUGCGAGGUGGAAAAUCCCUGAACUUGCUCUUCGGCUUGCUAAGCAUCGAUUGUUAUUCCUUCUUCAGCUACGGCAUCAUGGCCCCGCGAUUCUGUGGGAAUGUUUGACGGCUGAAGAUGGUUGUACCUCAUGCUCAUGGCUGACUGCAGUACGGCAAGCCCUCCGAUGGUUUUUCUCCAUGCAGAAUGCUGAAAGUAUGCCUGAUCUCACAUGUGAAAGCAUUGUCCGCUGGGCGUUUGAGGCUCCUGCCACUAUGCCCAAGUCCAUCCGACGUGCUGUUCACCGGCACUUGAUGCAAGAGUUCACGGCUCAUCAAGUUGUACAAGCUCAUCGUGAUCUCAAAUCUAUGUGCUUGAGUUAUGGUGUUGUUUUUGAGAAUGUCACUGUCUCCCAGGCAUCGCCACUGAUUUCCUUUGACUGUUCAGAGUGCUGCAAGUCCUUUUCCACAGUGCAAGGUUUGAAUGCUCACCGGUGGAAGCAGCACCAGACCAUUUCCAUUGAGAGACAAUUUGUUUUCUCUAGCACUUGUCUUUGCUGUCAUCGUUGCUUCUGGACCGCUCAGCCUGGGUUGAAUGGACGGCGGACUGGCAGAAGGCUGGAUUUCCUGAAGACCUCUCCGUUGAGAUCUGUGAAUCAGUACAUUGCAGCCAUGAACAAUGCCAUUCAGAUUUGGAUUGCGGAUGGUGCGCAAGCAGACGCACUGGCCUUUCGAUGGAGUAUCCUUAUUGAUAGUUUUGAUGAACCUCACGAUUCUCUUCGUGGCAUGCAUGCCAUCUGGGCCUUCGGCCUCUGGGGACGUACGUGCAUGUACGAUGAAAUCAGCAAGAUCGAAGACCCAGACAUCCAGAUGUCAGUGGAACAGCAGUAUUUAUACAUGCUUGAUGACCUUCCGGUUUCGGCGCUUCUGGACCGCUUGGAGAAGUUGCACCGUGCCACACCGUUUUUUGCUGAGAAGGACUUCUCUUUGCCUACGUCUUCACCGCAGCAGAAGCAGGCAGGGACUAAAGAACCUUUUCAGGCAAUUUAUCGCACGAUCGAUACUGCACUGCAACCCUUCAUUGGAGGGAGAGUCAUUGAAUGGCCACAGCAGCGCGGAAUCCCUGUUUGUCGUCGAGAUGAUGGUAGCCUUGUCAUGUACAUCGUGCACCUCUUCUCUGGACGAAGACGCCCGGGAGAUUGUCACGACUGGGUCGCCAAGCUCUCCAAGGAGUACUUUGACGACAUUGAUGUCAUCAUUUUAUCCAUUGACACAGCCGUUGGUGGUGACAAGUGUGAUUUGCUACAAGGAGAAGGCCUUGCGUCUCUCAAGCGCUUUAUUGCACUUGGCCUCGCUACCGCAUCACUCUCAGGACCUCCCUGUGAAACGUGGUCAGCGGCAAGGCAUUUGCAACCCCCCGCUGGUUGCAACCGCCGUUGGCCUCGACCGCUUCGCUCUGAAGCCAAGCCAUGGGGACUGGAAGCACUCUCCCACCGAGAGUUGAAUCAACUUUCGACUGGCAGUGCGCUCAUGACAUCCAAUGUUUCCAUUGAGGUCGAGAUUGUCCUGAACGACGGAGCCUCAGUCAUGGAGCACCCUGCUCCCCACAGUAAUCCUGAUUAUCCGAGUGUUUGGAGAACCGCGCUGCAGCGCUUGAUCUGUGGGGGUGCACCCGGCUUUCAACUUCUUGAAGUUGAGCAAUGGCGCUAUGGCGCCCCGGCUGUCAAACCGACCACGCUUAGGCUGAUGGGCUUGCCACCAUCUGCCGAGAUUCUUCACGAUUCAGCCUUGCCGGGGGUGACUCGACCUACUGCUACUCUUGCAGGAUUGGAUGGCUGCACUGGGCUCUUCAACACCGCUAAGGCGAAGGAGUACCCAAGUGGAUUCUGCCGGGCGAUUGUGACCACGCUCUUUACUGGGCUCUCUCAUCGUCGGCGAGAUCAGGGUAUGCAGGUUCGAAAUUUUUCCCAGCUCGAAGAGCGGGACAUGUUGUGGUUGCGGGCAGUC